AUGACGCUAAGUCAGAGUUCCCCUUUUAGGGAACAUACAUCUCGCUCCCCUGGCAGCGAGUGCUUGACUGCUCCUUACGUGGAAGGUUCAGGUGAUGUGGACAUGAGGACGCAAGAUCAACUUUACACCUGGGCUGCAAUUAGUCAACCCACACACUCACUGGAUUAUAUAGAAGGUCAGUUCCCCAGGAGAGUCCCAGCUGCUUGGCCAUCAUCUAAACCUCCUGAUGAAGAACACAGGCCCAAGGAUACGGACACAGAAGAUGAAGGUGAGUCUCAAUCUGCUGUUUUAGAAACUCUGAAAAAAUGUUCAGAUACUGCUCAGCAGGAAGUUUGUGACAUGAAAUCUGAGUGUCAGGCCACUGUCAUUCAGCAGCUGGAGCAGACCAUUGAGGAUCUGAGGACCAAAAUAGCUGAGCUAGAGAAGCAGUACCCGGCUGCAGACCUGGAGGCGGCCACCUCCGGAGACAUGUGUUUGCAAGCUCUCAGGUUGGGAGAAAAGGACUUAGGGCAUCAAAGGAUUUUACAGGCAAAGUCCAUCCAGGCGUCCCCAACAGAGGAAAGUGGGACGCUGACUCGUCCUCCCAUGGGCGCCCUGCCUGAGGCCACGAAUGGAGACUCAGCCGGGCCGUCCUCACCUCCCGGACCUCAGACCAAAUUCUGCGCAGAUAUUUCUUUGGUGGUGUCUCCAAGGCGAAUAUCAGUUCAGCUCGACGCACAUCUGUCCCUCCAGACUCCACCACCUGCGUCGCGGCCCUGGUCUGACGGUCAAGGACAGGCGAGCUCACAGCCUUCCCAUCUUUCUCUUCACACGGAGUUUGAAAUCAGCCAUGAGCACUCUGCUUUCCCCUCCUCUGAAAACAGCCAUGACAUCCCCCCCGCGCUGCCUCUGUCUCCGAAGUCCUCCCGCCAGAUGCCUGAUCUGAGCACCACGGCUCCCCAACCGCCCCCGCCCGGUGCCGCGCCCUGGUCUGCGCUGCCCAGCCCACCGUGCCCCUCACCUCCUCCUCCGCCUGGUCCAGAGAUGCUGCCAUCCCCUUCCCUACCUUUGCCUCGUGAGGGAAUUCUUGCUGCCCUACCUCCUCCCGGCGUGGGAAUUCCUGCUGAGCCCCCAUUCCCGGAGUGGGAAUUCCUCCUGCCCCACCUCUUCCCAGAGUGGGAAUUCCUCCUGCCCCCUCUUCCCACAGUGGGAAUUCCUCCUACCCCCCUCUUCCUGCAGUGGGAAUUUCUCCUGCCCCCUCUUCUCGCAGUGGGAAUUCCUCCUGCCCUCCUCUUCCCGGAGUGGGAAUUCCUCCUGCCUCCUCUUCCCGGAGUGGGAAUUCCUAAUGUGCCCCCUCUUCCCGCAGUGGGAAUUCCUCCUACCCGCCUCUUCCUGCAGUGGGAAUUUCUCCUGCCCCCCUCUUCCCGCAGUGGGAAUCCCUCCUGCCCCCCUCUUCCCGGAGUGGGAAUUCCUCCUGCCCCACCUCUCCCUGGAGUGGGAAUUCCUACUGCCCCACCUCCUCUUUUGCCAGGUGUGGGGAUUCGGCCUCCUCUAGCUCCUCCCCCUCCUCCCCCUCCUUGA